AUGUCUGACACUGAAUUCCGUGCACCGACACCGAACUCGUCCAGCGUGAGGGCAGACCCAGCUGAAAUUCAUGGAGGUGUUCCCACCGGGUUCGGUCAGCUUCUAUGGCACAUGUUCCUCGCCACGGCUACAAACUAUCCAACUAGGGAUGCUAUUGUAGCUGUAACGGAAGAUACUGGUGCCUCAUCCUCUGGCCCUGAAGCAUCCACUCAGCGAUGGAGCUAUCAAGGGCUCCUAGCUAAAGUCGAUGCAGCUGCUCAUCGGCUUGGCCACCUCGGCUAUGGUGGCACAGGCAACACUCUGGUCGUCAUCACCAGAAACGUCGCGGAAUGGGGGCUGCUUUUCUGGGUCGCGGCGAAGCUCGGCAUGACAUUCAUUCCCUUGGAUCCAGGGGCCAAAGGUGAUCUCGGGCUGUUGUUGUCAGCCUCAGCUCCCCAAGUGCUUGUUGUCGAGGACGACGAGAUGGCUCGGACAGUUGAGGACUGGGCUGCAGAGAGCAAGGCCACCGUCCAAGCCAAGAUCACCAUCGCGGAUACUACCAGAGAUGGCUGGCUGUCACUUUCACAUAUUGAAUCCGAAGCGCACAAGCUGUGUCAGAUGAACUGCCAAUUUGACUUCCUCCGAGCCGGCGGCACUGGCAGCAGCGCCCUCAUCAUCUUCACGAGCGGCACGACAGGCGUUCCAAAGGCCUGCGUGCACACUCACGACCACCUCAUGUCCCAGACUCACGACUACGACCCCAACCCUGAUCCCGAGUUCGUCGACCGGUGGCUCAUCCACACCCCGGUCCACCACAUCUUCGCCAUCAACAACGCGCUGCGUGCCUGGCGCAUGGGCGGCGCCGUCAUCCUGCCGUCGCCCACCUUCAGCGUCCGCGCCAGUCUUGGCGCCGUCGUCCGGGAGGGGUGCACCAUCAUGUCGGCCACUCCCACCCUGAUCCGGGCCAUGCUGGCCGAGAGCAGCUGCCCGGACGUCGGCCAGUUCCGGCUCUCCAUCAUCACGCUGGCGAGCACCGUGAUAUCCGCCGAGGACAUCCGGCUCUGCAAGGAGUCGCUAGGCUGUCGCCACGCGAUCCAGGCGUACGGCAUGAGCGAGACCGGUCCGGUGGUGAGCUGGUGCAGGCCGGACCCCAUGCUGGUCGACGGCUUCCACCCCGGCGUGGGCAAGGUCCUCCCAGGGGCAUCGAUCCGCAUCUGCCAGCCUGGUACGGGGGAGGUCCUGUGCGUGGGUGACGUGGGAGAACUCCAUGUCUCGGGCACUUCUGUGGUUGAUGGUUAUCUGAAUCCGGAAUCGAAGAGCAGCUUCUACGUUGACGGUGGGCGGCGCUGGUUAAUGACUGGUGACCAAGCCCGAGUGGACGAAGACGGAGUUGUAUACAUUCUCGGUCGCUACAAGGACUUGAUAAUCCGUGGCGGAGAAAACAUCGAUCCCGCUACAAUUGAAAUGGCGAUCCUGUCCUUGGCCAAUAUCGAGGUUCAGGUUGUUGGUCUCCCGGACAAGGUUGCAGGCGAAGUUCCGGUUGCCGUGGUCAAGAGAGCGGAAGAUAUUUCAAACAGUGCAAUUCUUGAGAAGACGCGCAGUCUCGGUCCUAAAUGCACACUUGGGGCCAUUUAUGACCUCUCACAGCUAGGUCUCGAUGAGAUGCCUGUCACGUCCCUCAAAAAACCGCGGCGACAGCUUCUCAAGGCUGCCCUCUCCGUGUUUCUCCAAGAUUUGGAGAAGCGAAAGCAGGAGCUGGAACAAGUCCAAGGCUCUAGUCCUGAGCAAUCCGUCUUGGUAGAAAGGCUUUCUGUAAUCUGGGAAGAUCUUUGUGGUGUGAGGCCACAGUUGCGACAAGACGUACAUACCUUGGCUGACAGCAUUCUGCUCAUGCAGUAUUGCGAUCGUGUGUUCCGUCUGCUUCACACUCCGCUAUACCUGCAGGAUAUAUUCGAGCACAAGGAUGUAUUCUCGCAAUCUGCUCUGCUGCUUCGGCGGCGGUCUGGCAGCAUCGCGAUGCCUCGACCGGAUGCGGUGAUCCCCAGUGGCAACCAACACGUUCUGGAGAGAGACACUGCCGGCAAGAUGGGAUGUCAUGUCGAGACUUGUCCAGCUAUUCCAUCCUCUCCUCCUGUUGGCGUAGUAGCAGAGACGGUCAUGUUGCUCCGAGCCAGUCAAUACCGCCUGGUGGAAGGCCAACGUCCGCAAUCGUACCACAUCCGCCUAGUCUACCGCAUCCAGCGGCUGUCCACCUCGCACAUCAUGGAAGCCCUACAGACUCUCGUGCGCAAGACACCGGUACUCCGAUCCGUAUUCGUCAAGCCAGUAGAUACCGGCCUUUGGCAGCACGUGCUCUGCGGCGACGGGCUGAUCCCCAACAUCCUGCACAAGAGCGAAACGUCCGCGACGGCCGGCGAGGUCAAGCGCCGCAUCGGCCAGGAUCCCUCCUCGGCGCUGCAGCCGUCGUACGCCUUCCGCGCCGAUGUCGUCCGCUGCCUCGACGCCCACGUCCUCACGCUGCACUUCAACCACGCCGCCGCCGACGCGCUGUCACUGUGGUCCCUUCUUCGCAACCUCGACGACCUCCUGCGCGACCCUGCCGCCGCCCUACCCGAGCCCGUGCCCUACCGCCUCUGGGCCGACCUGUGGCAGCACAACCGCACCAACGCGCUCGCCCGCUCCGCCAUCUCCCGCCUCGCCGGCCGGCUGCGUGGCAUCUCGCGGUUCCCCUCCGCGCUGUGGCCGCCGCGCCGCGCGCCCGGGUGGAUGGUCGCCGACGACUCCGCCUCGCCGCACCGCGCCGCCCGCGACGCCGUCCGGGAGUCGACGGUGUGGAAGGACGUCGGCGGUUGGUCUUCCUUCGUCGAGGACGAGUUCCGCUUCCCGCGCCGUGGCCGCAUCGUGCGGCUGCCCGGGGGGCUGGACGGAGCGCGGGUCGGGCCGGAAGUGCUCGCAAGGUGCGCGGUGAUCCUGCUCAACGUGCGACUGACGCGCGCGCCGUACGCCGUCUUCGCCAGCUGGGAGGCGGCGCGCUCAUGGCCGUUCGUGCCGGCCUGGAUACAGCCGCUGCUACCGCCGCCCAUGGCCGUGGAUGGGCCUACAACGCAGUGGCGUCUCAACAUGUACGCGGCAUCGGGGGCGGAGGGCGAGACGGUGAGGGGGUUUCUGCGUAGGAUAAGCGAUGAGGAGCGCGAACUGUUGGAGCUCAAUCACGCGCCGUGGGAUGAUGUCAAGGCCGCGCUGAGCGAGGAGGCCCAGGUCGCCGAGGAGGCCUCCUUCCGGCAAGGCUUCGUGUGGGACGUGACGCUGGGCAUGUCGGCGCAAAGCGGGCGUCACUCAAGCUAUCAAUUACUAGAACCGGUGAGUCGCCAUGACUGGCCUGACUGUGGAUUGUUUUGGAAUGCCUUCAUGGUCGACAAGGAAAACUUGUACUUCAUCGCCUCAUGGGACACUUCGCAGUUGAACGGGGACGAGGUAGACCGGUACUGCGAUCGUCUGGCUGAGAUCCUGAGGGCGCUUGCGAAUCCGGACACCUGGGACCGCCCCUUGAAGGAGGUGUCACCGUAA